AGGAGACCAACUGAGAAAAGUUGUCAAGGACCAAAGGAAUCGUCGACCCAUCUGUCUCUGUUGCUCGCAAACUCAUAUGCUGAUGCGGUCGUAAGUUCGUAACGAAUCGAGAUUCGACACAACUAAAAUCUUACACGGCGUCCCUGUUUGAUUUUUUUAUGUAUAUAUAAAUUCCGAUGCUGAAUAUUUGGGCUUACCAAUUCGCGCAAAUUCGCUUCUUUAUUUAUUUAUUUUUUGCCCUGGUGAUUUUGGGCUAGAAAACUUUCUAGGGUUUUGAGAAUGAAGGCGAUGGAGUCCAUACAGGAUCUAAUCGAGGAGGCUAAACUUCGAACGGUUUGGUGGGCUCUGUGUAUCUUCGCCGUUUCGUACUUCUUAUCGCAUACCAGUAAAUCAAUGUGGAUGAAUAUACCCAUAGCAAUUCUGUUUGUUUCUGCACUGCGCAUUCUUUUUAAUGAGGUAGAUUUCCGUUGGAAGGAUCGAUCAGUUCGCCUUCGAAUGCAUUUAUCUCAUUUGGAGAAGAAACAGUUGUCAGUGAAUGAUUCACGGCUUUCUACCACGCCUCCCCCUCCAAAAUGGAAAAGGAAAAUCGAUUCUCCUGUUGUUGAGGCUGCAAUGAAUGAUUUUAUUGAUAAAAUAUUGAAGGAUUUUGUGGUGGAUUUGUGGUAUUCGGAAAUUACACCAGACAGCGAGUUCCCUCAGCAUAUACAUGCCAUAGUCAUGGACGCUCUUGGUGAAAUCUCGGGAAGAGUUAAAGAGUUAAACCUCGUUGACUUGCUUACAAGGGAUAUAGUUGAUUUAAUUGGGAAUCACUUGGACACCUUCAGAAGGAACCAAGCUGCUAUAGGUAUCGAAGUUAUGGAAACACUGUCUUCUGAGGAGAGAGAUGAGAGAUUGAAACACCAUCUUAUGGCUUCUAAGGAGCUUCAUCCAGCAUUGAUAUCUCCUGAGAGUGAGUACAAGGUUCUUCAACGGCUGAUAGGAGGAGUGUUAGCUGUGGUACUAAGACCACGAGAAGCUCAGUCUCCUUUGAUUCGAUCUAUUGCUCGGGAACUUGUAACAUGCCUAGUUGUGCAACCAGUUAUGAAUUUUGCAUGCCCUGCGUACAUCAAUGAGUUGAUCGAAUACCUUUUGCUUGCUGCUAAAGAUGACAGCCUUAAAGGGGGAAGUAGUUAUAAUUCAACCAAUGAGGCAACUCAUCCUCAUGAUCAUCCUCUUGCAUCAGGGGGUGUACAGGAUGUGGAUUCUACCUCAAGGAAGCAUUUAUCCUCUAAUCAAGGGACUGAUACGAUAAUGGCUAAAAUUGGCAAUCAAAUAGAAACAUCCUUGGAUUACUGCACUGAAAGGCCUGUGAAAUACCAGUCUGCUGAUUGGGCACGAAUGCUGGAGGCUGCAACCCAGAGAAGAACUGAAGUUCUUACCCCUGAAAAUCUUGAGAACUUGUGGACGAAAGGAAGAAAUUAUAAAAAGAAAGAGCAGAAGAAUAUUAAAGUAGGUUCUCAAGAUCCUAUAAGAAAGGGUUCUGGAAUAAAUUGUGCUGUAUCCAGUAAAGACCUGGGAAAGGAAAUGUUAGCCAACAGGCAUGAAAUGCCUAUGGGAAAAGAGGAGGUAGGUAUAAAGCAGCUAAGUCAUCGACUAAGUGUUGAGGAUAUGUUAAGUGAUGGGAAUGAAACUGAAGAAGAUUUCUCUCAAGCUCCUAACAAGGAAUUCUAUUUCGAGGGAGGGAAUCUUCUUGAUGUGUUGGAGCAUACUAGUAGUCUUGUAACUGAUGGAAAUAAACAUCCGCUCAAGAGAUCUAAUAGCACUUCUGCUUUGGUACCCCAACCUGAUACAGAGAAGAAAUCAAAAGGAGGACAUGGAGGGCUCAUUAUUUCUGAGUUCUACGGCCCCAAUUUCGGCCAGCACAGUGGAGAAAAUAGUGGUAAGACUGCUUCGGAUGUGGUGCUUCACCGUGAAGCACAAGAAGUUCCCAAGCUCAAGUGCCGGGUCAUGGGAGCAUAUUUUGAGAAACUUGGGUCAAAAUCUUUUGCAGUUUAUUCAAUUGCAGUGACAGAUGCAGAAAAUAAGACUUGGUUUGUCAAAAGAAGAUACAGGAAUUUUGAGCGAUUGCAUCGGCAUCUUAAAGACAUUCCUAAUUAUACGUUACAUCUGCCUCCAAAAAGGAUAUUCUCAUCAAGCACAGAAGAUGCUUUUGUUCAUCAGCGCUGCAUUCAGCUUGAUAAAUAUCUGCAAGAUCUCCUGUCAAUAGCUAAUGUUGCUGAACAGCAUGAAGUGUGGGAUUUUUUGAGUGUUUCCUCUAAGAAUUACUCUUUUGGGAAAUCUUCCUCAGUGAUGAGAACCCUGGCAGUCAAUGUGGAUGAUGCGGUGGAUGAUAUUGUUCGUCAAUUCAGAGGAGUUUCAGAUGGAUUAGUGCGUAAAGUUGUUGGUCCAUCACCCUCUAACGAGGCUUCUUCUUCAGCAACAAUCAGGAACUUGCCCUGGAAUGUGGAUGAGAUAAAUAGACACAUUUCAAGUCAUUAUUCUGUAGAAACUACGAAUAGUUUUUCUGAUAAUGAUGAAGGCCACAAGGAUGAGAAUGAUGUCCUCAAGGAAGUCAAUAGUGUAAAUGUUAGUGGGUGGCAUUCAGACAAUGAAGUGAAUUCGAAGAGUUUUCCACCUCGGGUAAUCAAACAUAGCAAAGAGCCUAUGAACUCAAGUUCUGAGAAGAGACAUGAUUUAAUGGUGAAAUCUGGAAUACGCGGAGGUGGAUUUCCAGUAACAAGUUUAAUCUCAGAUCAUUUGGAGGACCCAGUUGGAAUGCCACCUGAGUGGACUCCACCUAACGUCAGUGUUCCUCUGUUGAAUCUAGUCGAUAAUAUAUUUCAGCUCAAGAGAAGAGGCUGGCUGAGAAGACAGGUUUUUUGGAUAUCAAAACAAAUAUUACAGUUAAUAAUGGAAGAUGCAAUUGAUGACUGGCUCUUGAGGCAGAUUCAUUGGUUGCGGAGAGAUGAAAUUAUUGCUCAAGGGAUUCAAUGGAUUCAAGAUAUUCUCUGGCCCGAAGGCACAUUCUUCCUAAGAGUACGGAACACUCCAAGUAACGAUGAUGAUACUGAACCUCAUCAAAAACCUUUUCAAACUACAAAUCAAUUUGGUGGCAGUAAGGUCUCCUCAUUGGUGUCUUUCGAAGAACAGCUUCAGGCCGCUCGCCGAGCAAGUGAUGUCAAGAAAAUGUUAUUUGAUGGAGCUCCAACUGCCUUAGUCAGCUUGAUUGGGCAAAAGCAGUACAGGCGUUGUGCGAGGGACAUAUAUUAUUUCACUCAGUCUUCUAUCUGUGUGAAGAACCUUGCAUAUGAAGCACUAGAAUUAUUACUUGUAUCUGUUUUCCCCGAGCUGACCAACCUUGUUCGUGAUGUUCAUGGGAAGAUGAGUAUUACACGACCUGUAUAGGUUCGAAACAUUUUCCCAAACUUUACUUUUUAGAGUAUUUCAGUGUGCAUAAGCCCGCCGGCAUGGCUGUGUAUAGUAUUCAUUUGUUCUUCCUGGGAAUGUGGGAAGUAACUUCGAGUAUAUCUCAUUCCAACUGUACAAAAACGUAGGAAUUAGAGUUUGUAUAGAAAUCCAUCUUUAGAUUAUAGCUUCUGCUUACUCGAGCCAUUCCCAUUUUACUGGGAUUUUGUAUCGUUUUAGACAGAGAAUCAAAAUCAGCGACAUAUAUUGCUUGUUCACCGUUUGUAAUGUAAAACUUUUAAGACAUUAGUAGUUGCUCAAAGUUUUGAUUGA